UAUUUUUCCUACGCGUUUGCUUUGGCUAAUCGGGGAAGUGUAUCACGAAAACAAGGGGUUUAGAAAGAUGAAAUUAUGUAACGUCUCUGACGGGAAAUUAUUGUCAUAUGUUUUUCAGUUAGGUAUGGUAAAGGAAAAUAAUUCCAUGUUAUGAAGUAAAAAGUGUUGUAAGAUGAUAUGCUAACGAUUUCACUAAACCUGAACCCAACAAUGACUCUAGCUUUCAGAGUGUGGAAUGCUUUAUGUCCUCUCCGUUUCUUGAACUGAAAUGUAAAUUACAUGUUACCUGCGGUCUUUCAGUGUAUGAGAUCACUUUGAAUUAUAGGAGAAGCAUUAUCCGAAGGUGGUGGGAGGUCCGGUAGCAUUGGUGGCUGCCGGUACCGCCUUUAGGAUAGGAUGGGGCAGACACUUUCGGAGCCGGUGACAACCAAGGAGUCCUCGUGUUGUCAAAAUUCUAAACUUAAGGUGGGCUCCAGCUGUAUGCAAGGAUGGCGAAUCACCAUGGAAGAUGCUCACACGCAAAUUCUGUCGUUACCCGAUGACCCAGGAACUGCGUUUUUUGGUGUUUACGAUGGACACGGAGGUGCCUGCAUCGCACAGUACGCUGGUGCCCACCUCCACAACAGUAUUGUGCGCAGGCCAGAAUACAAAGCAGGCAACAUCCCUGAAGCUUUGCGGAAAGGUUUUCUAGAUUUGGACAACAAGAUGCUUUCAGAUGAAGGACUGCGUGAUGAACUUGCUGGCAGCACAGCAAUAGCAGUUCUUAUCAAGGGUUCGAAGCUGUACUGUGUGAGUAUAAUGCAGGCAAAUGUUGGUGAUUCUCGAGCUGUGGCUUGUAUAGCUGGACAUGUAGAACCACUUUCACAAGAUCACAAGCCUAACAAUGAGGCAGAAUGUCAGCGAAUUUUGGCAGCAGGGGGAUAUGUAGAGUUCAACCGUGUCAAUGGCAAUCUUGCAUUAUCACGUGCUCUGGGAGACUUUAACUUUAAAAAGAACGACAAAAAAUCAGCAGAGGAACAAAUGGUAACUGCUUAUCCUGAUGUGGAGAUACGUGACAUCACAACCGAAUGGGAAUUCAUUGUAAUUGCUUGUGAUGGAAUCUGGGAUGUUAUGACUAAUGAGGAGGUGGUGGAAUUUGUUCGAAUGCGAGUGGGGACUGGAAUGGAACCGGAAGACAUCUGCCAAGACCUGAUGAUGCGCUGCCUCGCUCCUGACUGCCAGAUGGGUGGCCUAGGGUGUGACAACAUGACAGUUGUCAUUGUCUGCUUUCUGCACGAAAUGCCUUACUCCCGCCUUUGUGAUCACUGUGCUAAGCCGGUGCCUUUGACAGAGACUGGACUCCUUCAGUGAUGACUUAUUCCUGCCUCGUAUUGUGCUUAAAUGUGUAUGGAUUAAACAGUGAAGUUCCUUGAAUAAGUGUACAACUGUUUGAACUUCAGGGUGAUGCUUAAAGCACUUGAACUGUCUAGAUGAGUCUUACGCAAUUCAGUGCUUUGUGGGGAUCAAUAACUGUGCCUAUUAAAUCUGGUAUGUGUAAUAUUGAUAUUUAAGAUUUAUGCAGAUUUUUUUUAGUUCUCCUGAUGUUUUUGUUUAGAGAGAAUUAAGAAUCAUUGAAACUUUCAUAUGAAAUGAGCUAAGUUGUAAUAGUACCCAGCACAUAGUGUUAUGUGUAAUGCUUUCUAGUCAGUCCUUCAGUUGUAAAACCAAGCCCUACAAUAAUUUCGUAUUGUCAGUGUUUGUGCAGUAACAACAGCUACUGUUCUAUUGACCUUGAGGCAAAUGAAAUAAUGGAAGUUACUGGACCAUGUUUUCUUGUCUGCAGCCAUAACAAGCUGCACAUUAUUAUCAACAGCAGAACUGUGCCAUAGUAGGAGGAAGUGUAAAGGAUAUAAAUUUAUAAUUGGCUAUAAUGUGUGAAAAUUAAAUUGUUAUAAUGGCGUAAGUAAAAUCAUUGAUUACUAGUUAAAUAUGCUGUUUAUUGUUAAAUUAUAUGGUUAAGUUGUAUGUUUCAUGACACUGGAACUUUUUAGAUAUGUUUAGAAUCCAAUUAGAAUUUUUACAGUAGUUCUCUGAAAAAUUAGGUAGUGAAGCUGCCUAUUUAACUAAGGAGAAGUUUCUUUGGCUAACACUUUCACUACAAUGCAAUCAAUAUUUCCUUCCUCCUUUUGAAAUUAUCUUGGUUAUCAUCAUUGUUAGUCCCGAUAAAGUACACCAAUAUAACCUACCGUGAAUAUUUAACACAGCAGUAAUUUUGAAAGAAGUAGAAGGUUUCAGUUCCUAUGGAUAUGGAAGAUCCACUUCAUCUACCUGUACUUUAUCAGGGGUCCCAGUUCUUCAGAGUUAUUGGAGCCUGCGGAGAGUUUGGAACAGAAAUAGAGAGAAGUAAUGUUUACUUAAAGCUUUGGAAGGCUCAGAUGGAAGAGCAUUGCUCUCAAAAGCUAGGCGUCGAAGAUUGAGAACUGGUGCAGUACAAAAUUUUGCUGUGGCUAUUCAUUCCAUUGUAAUUCGGAGUUACAUUUCUUGAAGAAGUUUCAUCACUGUUUAAUCUCUCUUCUGGUUUCAAGUAUUUAUUCAGGUAAACUAGUUAAACACAAUCAUCCUUCAUUUCAGAAAGUUUUCCUGCAGUGAACUGAAAUCUCACAUUUUGGAUGAGUGUGAGAUCAGGUGGUUCUGGGAUUUCAUCCUCUCUUUGUAGAGAUGACUGCUCUAAGAGCCGUACCUAGUGAUCUGUGAGCAAUGAAAUUAUCAGAAAAUAUUGAGAAAUGUACGUGUACACUCUCUCCCUCCCUCUCUCCCUCCCUCCCUCUCUCCCUCCCUCCCUCUCCCCCCUUCCCUCCUUACUACACAUGGAUUAUUCUCAGUGUAGUACUUCUCCUCUCCUGUUGUUUUAUGUUGAAUAAUGCAACCAUUUUCACACUAAUAGUUUCACUUUGUAACCUUCUCUGGUAUGUGGCUUGUGGUUUCUCUCCCACAUCUGUAAUACUGUGAAGUUGCUCACAGACUGCAGCACUUCAAACUUUAGUCAAGUAUGUGUCACAUUUUAUAGCAGACAAAGAAAACUGGUAGUUCAUUAUAACACUGUGAAAAAAGGAUUGUUUCAUUACUGAUGUGGUUCUUUUCAGAAUCAGUAUAUGAAACUAUUUAUUCAUAGGCCUGCCACGAGAGAAAUUAAUGAACAGUUGUGAUAGUAUAUGCAGAUUCUCAUAAAAUGGCAUCUGCUGAGAGGUUACCAAAGAUAAUUUUUCAUUUGUUGUUCUAACUAUAUACCCACGACAGUACAAGUUUCCAACUCAUAAUUUGAAAUAGUUUUAUUAUGUUCUGUCAGCAAAUAUAAUAGUUUUAUUCUUGUGGAAGAGUACUGAGUGUUAAAUGUAAUUUUCUAUGGAGAAGUGGCUACUAAUUAAUUGGAAUUACUGUCAACUGAUAGUUGUACAAAAUAUUUUCUUAUUUUCAAAUUCAGAGGUUUGUAGAAACAGAGAUAUCUAUUUUAGAACUUAGAUUAUGGCUAUUAAAAGUAGUAUUGAACAUUCA